AUGGCACAACCACCACUAUUUGGUGUCCCCGGAUUCGUGCACUACUGGGAGCCCAUUACUGCAACUUAUUCGGACGUUGUCAAGCUGGCCAGUUUCGGUCCCAACUCUCCCCGAGAAGAUGCCGUUCGCCACACCUGGGAUGAUAUGCUUCAUCAUUACUUCCCUGGGAGUGGCCUUCCAUUCAAAUGGAAGCAAAAGCCCUCUCGCGGUGUAGAGAAGAGGGUCUCCAGUAAGAGGCUAGAUAUCAUUGCAGUUAAAGUAGCCAUGAGUGGAACUAUGAGCGGCCUGCCCCCUGGCCCUUCCGGUAUACUUGCUCUUGAUAUCGAGAGAGACUAUCUUUGGGUGGGGUACAGGGAACCCAACAGAGAUGUUCCUUUCGAAUGGAAGGAUGCCCUGCUCCAGACCGGGCGGAGACUUCACGUUGCCCAUCCGAAUCGGGACCUCUUUGUCAUUAUCGGUGUCGGACUGAAGUAUCUCAAGCUAUAUUGGAAUGGCUCAGCAUCUGUUGUCGAUGCACCGUCAUGCACGGUGUUGAAGGACGGUGCAGGAGAGUGGCCCCUUGAUCCUCGCUUCAGAAUGCCCCCCGGGUUGAUUGCAGGGACCCCUUACCUCAACCAGGCUACAGGACAAAUUGAUACGACCAAGGCACUAUCACUUGAUUUCUGGACAGCGGGUGGUCCCGAAGGACUUGAGAAAUAUGGUCAAUCUCCAGGGUAA